GUUUAAUUAAGUUAAUAUUUUUUACAAACCUUUGAGACUUCCAUCACUAUUAUGUUUUCCGACCAAAACCUAAAGCUAAACCCUCUUCCAUGGCGCCUACUGGAAAAACAAGAAAGAGGACACUAAUAAAAAAAUCAGAGAAAGGCACGAAGAAGAAGCUCAAAACCAAGAACCAGGCCACACCUAAAGUCACCAUCAAACACGCCGAGCAAAAAUUCCAAGAAGAGGACUUUAACGAAGAAGUUGACUCGGACGAGUCCAACUCCGAAAAACUCUCUAGUCUCCUCGAACCUUACUCCAGAGACCAGUUGAUUGACCUCAUCUGCGACGCCUCCCUCAAGGAUGCAGCCUUCUUGAAUCGAGUCCAAGACAUUGCCGACCGCGACGUCUCCUACCGAAAGAUCUUUGUUCACGGUCUCAGCUGGGACACCACUCGCGAAACCCUAACCGCCAUUUUCGAACCUUUCGGCUGUAUUGAGGAGUGCAACGUGGUUUUGGAUAAGAACACCGGGAAAGCCAAAGGUUACGGCUUCGUUCUGUACAAGAAGCGGCGAGCCGCUAUUAAAGCCCUGAAGAAUCCCCAGAAGAGGAUCAUGAACAGGAUCGCUUCGUGCCAGCUUGCCUCUGUGGGCCCGGUUUCUGGCGGUCCUCCGGCCCAGGGCGUGAUAUCCACACCGGCGCCUCGGAAGAUAUACGUUAGCAACGUGCCAUCGGAAACCGACCCGGAGAAGCUGAGGGCUUUCUUUUGUAAAUUUGGGGAAAUUGAAACAGGCCCCAUUGGGUUCGAUACGCAGACUGGGAAAUCGAGGGGUUUUGCUUUGUUUGUGUAUAAGACUCCCGAGGGGCUCAGAAAGGCGCUUCAGGAGCCGCACAAGAUGUUCAAUGGGCACCAAUUACACUGCCAGAAGGCUACUGAGGGGAAAAACAAAAAUCAAUCGGUGCAACCUCAACCUCAACCUCAAUCUCAAUCUCAAGCUCAGGCCCAAAUGCAGCCACAGCCGCAGUCACAGUCACACCCGAUGUUGGCAAUGGCUGCAGCUCAAAAUUUGGCAAUGUUCGGUCACAAUCCCGGCUUCAAUCCAAUUUAUGGUAGGGGGUAUUUUGUGAAUCCCGCAGCUGGAAUGAUUCCCGGGACUGUUAAUCCGGCAAUGAUGGCCGGGACAUUGAAUCAGGGUUUAGUUCCGACGAGUCAAGUGGGUCAGGGUCAGGCCGGUUCUGGUGUGGUUGGGUACAGUGGAGUGUCUAAUGGGUUUGGUAGUAUAGGUGGAGGAAGCUCCGCUCUUGGUUCGUUCGGUUCUAAUCCUACGCCUCAGAUAUUGCAGGCCUUGCAGCAAGUUUAUCCACAUUCACAGUUUGGGCAGCUGGCUCCCGGUAGGGUUCAGGGAACCGGUGGCCCUAUCACCGGCUAUCCAUCUUAUACUUGGUAUGACAUAUUUCAGCUGGCUUGCUUAUUUUUGUCUCUGUUUGUGUUUCGAGUUGUUAAUUGUUUCUUGUGCUUAUUAUCAUUUUGGUUGUUUUUAGUAUUUUCUUGUGAGAAGUUUGAGAAAGUAACUUUUACUAUCCUAUCAUUUUUAACUUUAUUUCGCUUUCAUUUUCUCCUUUUUUUCUUAUUUUGAAAACUGAUGUAUGGAUUUUGAUGCUUUUGACUCUUUUACUAUCAGAAAUUCAUCAAUGUGUUUUAAGUUAUGAAACACUAUUUCUUUUGUUGUUUCAAAGGAACUGUUUCUGAGCUUCAUGAUUCAUGAUCAUUCGUUAUGUUUAAUCCCAGGCAGUCCAUAAUGGCUUGCUUGUUCUUCUAUGUAAGCAUUUGCCUGCUGCAUUCUCAGUUGCUGCUCCCUUUCUGUUUUUACUUGUUUCAUGUCUUCAUACUUCACAGUUCACUGCUUCUCAAGUGUUUUUUUUUUCAAAAGAAAUUAUAAUUAUACUUAAUUUGGCUUGAAUGGUUCUUACUUAGCCAUUGGGGAAUUUAUUUGUAUUUAGUUUUGAUGUGCUUACAUUCUCAAGCUUAAUAUUUGCAGAUUAAGUGCUGCUGAACUUAAAGAUCGAUGACCAUAUUAUCUUUGGGGGAGAAAUGUUUAUCCAUACGUUAUAUACAGGCCAAUCAAUUUGUGGAAAAGUAUUAAAGAUUUUCAAGUUUACAUUCUGAUUUUAUACUUUCACAAUUUGACGACUGUUUUAGCUUUGCACCAAUCUCAAAAAGAUUUCAGGUCCGGUCUUCUACUUCUUUUGUUUUCAUUCUCUGAUCUCUUUACUUGUAAGCUUUUAAAUUCUCUUCUACUACUUUUGUUUUCAUUCUCUGAUCUCUUGCCUUUUCUUUUUCUUACCUUUUUUUUUUAAAUAUUUUGUUUAGUGUUCACUUAUUGUUUUCGCUUUCCUUUUAGUUUUGAUUAGUGAUCACAAUGAUUUGUAAUUUGUGUUCAGAAGAUCUGAUUUACAGUACAAUAUUAGUCAGCUAUUUUCUUCUUCA